AAAGCAUCAAAAUCCAUUCGAAAAUUAAAAUCGUCUUUGAUUACAAUAUGAAUAUUAAACUGUGCACGGCAACAAGUUACAAUUGAAGCUGUAUCUGAACUCCUGAUGAUCCGAAAACCCCAAAUUUUGGCUUAGAAAAACCUAAAAAAGCAGCCGAAAUCAAAGUUCAACGGUCUUUAAACAUCUCCCAGAUAUUAAUUAAGGAAAUAUCAAACUGUGCAAACUAACAAGUCGUGAUAAAGCUGCCCUAAUCGUCUCCAAAAAUAUCAAAAUCAAAGUCCAACUGCUUCUAAACAUGUCUUUGCGUCCAACGAAUAGACUCUUAACCGUACAAGGCGACAACUAGUGACCAAAAUAGUAUUAAGACUCCUAAUAAUCCUAAAGCAUUGAAUUUCUGAGGAAGCCCGCCAAAACGCAUCAAAACCAAAGGCCAAGCCUCCAAACGUCCCUUCAAUUCCAAUGACUAAAACAUUAAACUUCACAAGCCAAAAGUGACUGCAGCUAUCUCAAACCGUCAAAAUUUGGCCGCGGAAACUCUGCAAGGAAACUAGCAUCAAAUUCCAGCUAUAGAUCAAAGUCCAAUUGCCUCUGAGCGUCUCUUCAAUUCCAAUGACUAAAAUAUUGAUCUCCACAAGCCGGAAACUCUGCAAGAAAGCAAGAAUAAAAUUCCAACUAUAAACGCCUCAUUGAUUCCAAUGAUACUAAACUCCAUAAGACAAAGAAUCGUGACUGCAGCCGUCCCAAAACCUCAAAUAAUAGAGCCCUCAGGAUGAACGAGGUCAGGCAGAAGUGGAGCUCGCCGCGAUGCACGAGUGCAAUCAGUCCUAACGAUAACGGUGAACAGAAGUCAAUGUACAAUCCGGAGAUUGGAUCUGUUGAUUUCCAGGAAGACACUAACGAGUCGGAGGCCAAGUUGUCGAUGGAUUCAGCUAGAUCCAAGUUUCUAGUUGGUCUGACAUGCCCAAGUCACUCAGAGCACGUGGCCGACUCGUGUGAGGCGAUAGAAUCUGAAGCGUUGUACCAAAAUAACGCGUCCUUGAGCGGUGAAAGAGGCCUUCUGAGGAAACUCAACAGUAGCCCACUGUCCUGCUCCCCCAGUCUUGAUCCGACAGCCGACCAUGAAGCGAUUCAAGACGUGAAGCGUAGGAGAAGACACAGUUCUAGUGUGGAGAUCACUGCUAUGACAUGUGUGGAGGAUGGAGUGCCGGUGAUAAGCUUCAGCUUCCUACAGGGUGAGGAGAAGGAGGGCUCAUCUGAGGGAGACAGUGGUGACAAGGACCUCCAGCUCUACGACUUUCCGAAAAGCAGUCGUGUCUCAGCUGAGCUGACGCCGGAGAACGGAAAGGCGUCUGAGGCCGAUCGCAAAUCUACGAUCGACCUGUAUGACUUCCCGAAGUCGCACCGUGCGGUUAUGACCUGUCCUGAGGGACUCAUGAAGGAUCAGGACACGGAGAUUGAACAGCUGUACGAGAUUCCGAAGUCUAGACAGCUGGUCGACACGCCGAAGAACUCGGUUUCGCUGACCCUGGAGGAAGAUCCUAAGAGGCCUGAGCUUCAGGGCUCGUACUCGGAUCCCGAGGAGAACUACAGGAACCGGGAGAGAGGGAGGAAGGUCAGGAAUCGAACCCUCGGGAGGGCCUGGGGCAGGAUGAGAAGUUGGCUGAGAGAGGAGAAGCUCAAGAUCGGGGAAGUUGUGCAGAGACAUGCCAAGAUGCAAGCUGUUGGUGCACUCAGGCAUGAUUCGGAGGCUUCAAGGAGUCGCGGAUCCUAUGAUUUGGUGGAGGCUCGCACCAGGGAGUUGGGACCAAUCACUGUUAUUGAUGAGAGCGGAUUGUCGUCUGUGUCGGAGGAGGUGAAUGUGGAGGAGAUCAGGGAGACGGAAGUCAAGUCUUACGACUUGGUGACACGUCUGGAAUGUCAGGCUGAUGAGAAAGUUGGGGAGAAGGGUGGGGUGAGGGGAGGACUACGGAAGAAGACAACGUCAACUAGUGCUGAAAAUGUUGCUGCGGGGAGGAUGAAACUUACGCCAGUUUCAUUUAGUCUUGAUAAAUUGUGCGAUGGGGGGGAGGGGGAAGUGAAUGGCGAGAAGGAGACGAGAAACGCUGGGAAAGGUGGGAUUAUUAAGAGGAGAAUGCUGGGAUCAAUCAGGGGAUUAAUGGCUUCUACUCAUCUACUGCAUCAGUGCGAUACUGAUGAGACUGGUCCCGGUGGCUUCGAGGAUGUCCGGAGGUACGUCAAACAGGGCGGUGACUUCUGCAAGGAGCUCGCGGCGGUUCUCCACGAGAGAGCCGAGCUGGAAGCUAACUACGCGAAGGGACUCAGCAAAUUGAGCAGCAAAUUAACGAAGGCAUGCGCGAAAGAUCAAGGUGGAAACAGCUCGGGUGGUGUGAACGAGGCGUGGCGAAAUGUGGGUGAGGAGAUGGAAGCAGCAGCGGAGGCGCACAGACUGUGGGGCAUAGCCCUCAGCGAGCAGUUGGCAAAGCCCCUCAGGGUUGGUGUCGCAGAGGCUCAAGGUCGUUCCCGAAAGGUGAUCGAGAGUUCCGUCGACAAGGCAUCGAAAUCCCUGCAAGAAUGGCGCAACGUCGCAGCGAAGAGUAAAAAACAGAGUUUUGCAUGUGCCCGUGAGAACGAGCGCCUGCAAGAUCUAGCCCGAAUUCAAUCAAUCACUCAAUCCCAGCAGAACAACAACAAGACCUCGACCCACCACAUGACUGAGAAGGAAGUCAACAAGCUGGAGAAUCGACGCCGAAAGGCCGAGGACGGUUCAAGAAGAGCGGACACUGAAUUCUACACAGUGAGUGUGAGAGCAGAGCGUGCAAGACUUGAGUACGAGUCGACAGUGCGAAAGGGAGCGAAGCAGAUGGAGCUGCUCGAGGAGGAGAGACUGAGUGCCCUGAAGGACCUGGCUAACGUCUACCUGUCGCACCUCCAGGCGCUCGCCCCAAGACUUCAGCAGAGUGCAGAUCGCCUAUCAACACCUGUGAGGAACUGCAAUGUCUCCCUGGACGUCGACAUUCUGAAAAACUUGAUCAGAAGAUUGGACAACAACGAGGCGUCUAAUGUCGACCAACUGCUGCCUGACUUUUACGCAGAGCACGUCACCCUGGCGAUGAACAGGGAGAGGCGGAAACAGGCAUUGGUCAGAGUUCUCCACCUGAUCAGACAGGAUCUCGACAGGGAGAGACGAGGGAGGGAAGGCCUGGAGACACUGCACAGGGCUUUCAUUCAAACUCCAGCGUUCGCUGCUGACGAAAGCACUCAGAAUGUCACGGACAAGCUCAUUCACAUGAGGUCCAUGCUGACGUAUUUGGAGGCAGCUAGGUACAAGGUCGGCGGUGCCCUGGCGGAGAUCGAGGGGGGAAAGAGGCCGAAGCAUCCUCUUGCCGAGCAUAUCCUCGUGUCCAGGGACAAACAGGGGCUACAGCAGAGCGUGCUGAAGGUCCCCACCUGGGCGAAGAACGAGUCUUUCGAGUCAGCUGAGGUGGAGGACGACAUCGAGAUCCAUCUGACCAAGGAGAACGACGUCGAGAGGAAUGACUGGGUGGACAGGACCGCCGGCGAUGGCAACUCCGAGAAUCCUCCUGAUGAAGAGGAUUUCAGUGAUUUCGAUGAGUUCAGCAGCCAGUCGGAGGAUAACAAUAAUCAGGAGGACGUGGGGGAUUUACCGGAGAAGAUUGGGGGAGAGCAGUGCAGGGCGUUGUACCAGUACUCGGCUAAUUUGAAUGACGAGUUGAGUCUCAGUCCGGGGGAUGUCAUCACUAUUCACCAGAAACAGGCGGAUGGGUGGUGGAUUGGGGAGUGCGGGGGGAGAACAGGCAUCUUUCCGGCUACUUAUGUGCAAGUCCUGCGUUGAGAACUUGGGGGGGAAGGAAUCUUCAUGAGGAUUUCCUUGCAGAAAGCAGGAAAAAUAGUUCCGCUCAAUAUUUUUUAUUGCAAAACGAAUUGAAGACGUUCAUUUUCAGUUUAUUGACUCGACUUCUGAAUGAAGGGAACUAUCUUUGCAGCAGUUGGAUGAGUGUUCACAGAAACUUUUCUUGGAGAUAUUCAUCAGAAACGCAUUUAUAUUUGUGGAAUUAUCUCAGAAGAUGUGAAUGUCUGCGAAGACCUUUUUCUAUUGAGAAAAAUGAGAGCUUCGAGAACACUUCCUCUAGGAAUGUCUCAGCCAUCCCUGUUUAAGGAGAAGUUGGAUAUGAGUGAAUCAACUCGUGUGGCCCUUCACCACUGAAUCCUUUGCACGACAUUUUUUAUUGUGUUCGUACUUAUUAGAACAGAGGGGUUUUGAUUAGUCUGAAGAGGGAGUUUCAGGGAUUCAUGAGGUCAGGUAGAAGAGAGUCUGAACGGCUUCAUUGCCAAGUCCUUGGGAAUUGGCAGUCGCUCGAAUUUCAAAGAAGUUAACGAGAACUGUAUUAAAAUAUUAUUAUUCAUGAGAAACUUUUACCAAAUGUUGCAUGCUGUAUAUAAGAAUGAUGUUCAUUGAAUGAAGUUGUGAGUUGUACAUAUGGUCGAAAUUUUGUUAUAUGUGUAGUGUCAUAAAUAAUGGUCGCAAAUACAUUUGUAUAUUUCAAUUAGUCGCCUUUAUUUUUGUAUUAUUGAGUACGUUUCAGUGGUAUUCAACAUUUGCUAUUAUUUUCAGGAAUUUAAUUUAUUAUAUCAAUUCAUUAUUAAUAAAAAUACUUGUAACGGAAAACUAUAUGUUCCACGUGAGGAUAUUUGAUCGAGUGGAAUCAGAUUUAGUUGAGGAAAAUUCACCAAGUUGAUAGAAGGAAAUUUAAUAUCUCGCAAAAGGUAAAUUACUGUGCUCAUCAGAAAUAUCUCGAGAAGAAUUCACGAGAACAAUUACUACUGCGAAAAUUAUCGUGUUUUCGUGGAAACUUUCUGUUUUAAAUCUUUCGUUAUGAAAUAUAACGUAAAAAUAAAAUACGAUGUACAUUA